CACAAAUGUAAAACCCUGUCUCCGUCACAGUAAUAGCUUUUCGAAUUUUAUAUCAAAUUUAAAAGUACUUUUCGCUCAGCGAACAUCGUACUUUCUCAUCAAAAAUUAAUUUCUGAAGUCAUUCCAAUGUGUCUUUUACUUAAUUCCCCUAAAACUAUUUCGUUGUUUUUUAUUUAUUUUCAUUUCGAAAAUCUAAUUUAAAUAUAUAGUGAACCUGAAGUGGUAGUUUAAAAAACAGGUCAUUGAUUGCUUGCAUAAUUCUUGCCCUAAACAUCACUCGUGGUGCUUUCUACUGCUGGAUAUAGUGAUCACAGUCGAGUGACUUGAACGAAUGGAAGUGAUACGGAUCAACUUGCUUUGAUUUUAUCUGACCAGAUCCCAAGCUAAAUUAUCUAUAUCAUGACCACUCAGGAGGCAACAACUGCGGCGACCCAACCGCUAUGGAAUACGACGGUGGCCACAUACGACAUCGGCAACACCACCGAAGAUUACGAGUACACAGAUGAGAUGGGUAGCUCCAUCUCCUUGGAUGAAGGGCUGCCGACCCUGCUGACCUACUCGCUGACCUUAGCUGUGGGCCUGAUAGGCAACAGCCUGGUCAUCUUCUCCAUCGCCUACUAUAGGAGGAUGAGAACCACGACCAAUGUGUUCCUUUUCUCCUUGGCAACUGCUGACCUUCUGCUCGUCCUGGUCUGUGUGCCAAUCAAGGCUGCCACGUUUCUCUCCAACACCUGGAUGUACGGAGAGCACCUGUGCAAGAUCGUCCACUACGUCCAGAACGUGAGCAUGGUUUGUUCGGUGCUCACGCUGACCAGCAUCUCGCUGGAGAGGGUGAUUGCAGUGGCGUCUCCACUCAAGGCGAGAACCAUCUGCACAAUGCGUCAUGCCAAAAUCGUCGUCCUCAUCGUGUGGAUCCUGUCUUUUCUCCUGGCAGUGCCCACUGUCUUAGCUACGAAUCACAAACGAGUGGGUCUAAACGUGACCGCCUUCUGGUGCCUCAAGGAAUUCCAGGAGCAGACGCAUCAUAUGGCGUACGAGCUGUACAUGCUGGUGCUCCUCUUCGUCCUCCCCAUCGUUGUCAUGGUGACAACCUACGUCAUCAUCUGUCUGAAGGUUUGGGAGUUCACGGGCAUGCGCACGGAUAUGCGGCACGGAAGAGUAAUUACCCCUGUUACUAAGGAACGCGUACAAACGAACAUAGGCGACGUGGAGAGCUCCCUGCUUAGUACGUCAUACACGGUCGGAGCUAGAGAGUCGGUCAGGACGGAUCGAAAGAAAGAUACAGUGGAGGAUAAUAAAAUGACCAAACAGCUGAUUGUCAUGCUGGUGACAGUCGUGGUGCUUUUUACCGUCUGCUGGGGUCCCAUUGUCAUCAACAACAUCCUGGUAGCGUUUGGCCUCAUCGAGAAGCUGAACUACGGCCACCUGAAGCCAAUGAGAACUGCGUUUCAUCUCUUGUCCUAUAUUAACAGUUGCGUGAAUCCAAUAGUCUAUGCUUUCAUGUCCAAGAAUUUCCGACAAUCCUUCAAGUUUGCUAUUUGCGCAUGCCUGAAAGGGAAAGCGUUUGUGAGAGCCUACAGAUUUAGCAUGUCCAUCGGAAGCACUAGAACAUCUGUUGUUUCGAAUGGAGUUCAUCGCCCUGGCUCAGUGGCCAACAGGGACAAAAGCAGUAGUAGCGGAAACGACAACACGCAGACGCAUAUUGCUGCAGACGACGAGUUAGUGGAGCUAAGGGCGUUAACUCACAUCACAAAUCCUGCAGUAUAGCCGCCAUGCUUUUCUGAACGAUAAAAAUGGUUUGAAGACGUCAACAACAACAACAAAAAAAAAAGCAAAACAUAAAACGCCUUAAUUAAAUGUCCAGCGAAUCAGCGGAUAGAUCUACCUUGCUCGGCAAAAACAGGUUCAGUCUUGUGGCACUAAGAUGCAAUCGUCUGCUGAAGGCGUUUGAUAGACAUUCGAUGUCUCCCGUAUAUCACGUGUCAGACGUAGAUUGAAACACGAGAUACAUUGAACUAUGGGCCGGUAAUACUUAAUGACUUAUAUCAUGAACAAUGACAACUAUAUGACAUGCUGUAUAGAACAAACCAUUUCUUUUUGUACGCCUAGCUUUAUUUUCGUAACUCUUUCAUUGCCAAACGAUAGUUUUUAUGAAACAGGAUUGAGUUCAUUGUCUGUAUUAUUAUUGUCAUUAUUAUUAUUAU